AAGAUAAUACCUGCUAUCAAUUCAGUAAGACCUUUUGCGAUGUUGUGAACGUUCAAUCGCCACCAGCAGCCUAUUAGAGAUGUGUUUAUGUUCUUUUAUUCAAUGUUCCAAUUUUAUUCAUCUUGAUAGGUCUUUAGCCGGAAAAGCAGAGAUUCAAGUACAACAUAUUAUCGCCGCACGGGUCGUUCAUUCGCUUUGUGGUCGUGUUUCGAGCUGUUCUGGCAAGAAAGUUUAACGCGAGCUUCAUUGAAAGGUGGCCCUCCACGCGCGUUAAGCACGUGGAUUGAAGAUUCCAGCUUUCAGUCAUUUAUUCUUUGUUCGUAGAGAGUAUACGCGCGUGUGUGUAGAGAGACUAGUGAAUCUGCUACAUGGUGUAGUGACUGCGAGAGAUGCCCAAUAUCAACGACUAGAGUUUGCGCUCCGUUUGAUGGUAGCGUGGUGUCUCACGACAAUCAACUCUCCAUGUUCUGUUCUGCAUGCGAGAGAAUGCUGGUUAUGUGUUUCAGAGUUUAGAUAGGCAAUGAAUUAAUUGGAUUUAAAGGAUUUAAUUGGAUUUACAGGAUUUUUUUGAACUAAAAUAUUGAAACACUUUCACUCGGUGUUAGGUGAAAAGUUUCGUAGAUAAAAAAUGUGUUUCAAAUUUUUCGAUUGCUGUGAUGGAAUGAACAAAGCGGAGCGUGCGGCCUUUGAACGAAAGCUCCUGUUUGGAUUUACGGCUUUGACCAUUCUGGGUUACCUUCUGGAGAUUAUUGCAGUGAGCACCGACUCUUGGCUGCUGUUUUACAUCGAGGGAGGACUGUACCAGAACGCCACCAACACGACCCUGAUAAGGGUGUACAGCGGCCUGUGGCGGAUCUGCAAGGUCAGCCGGCGAGUUGCAAACGACCCGUCAACACAAGAAGAGAGAUGCGACUUUCACAACUUCUUUCCUUCGAAAAAAGAAAUAAUUUACGACAAAACCAUGGACAAACAGAUAUUAGACUACAUGCGGACCGGGUGCGCGUUCAGCAUCAUCACUAUUCUGCUCAUGUUCCUGGUUCAUCUGUUCGCCGUGUACACCAUCCGCAGACCCCGAUACACCAUCAAACGUCUCACGGCCCUCAUCUAUCUGAUGACAGCGGCCUGCAUCGUGGUGAUGAAUGAAGGGUUCAUCCGCACGACUGAAUACGCCCACGAGCACUUACCCGAGCGUUUCCCGACGUCAGCCAACCACGAGUAUGGAUAUUCAUUCGCGCUCUCGUGGAUCGUCUUCGUGUUCUAUGUGUGUGCGGGGCUCGUGUUCUUGUUUACCUCACACAAACGCAAAGCCAAGAUGGCGGACUCUGAAGAUGAUUUGGCGGUGGAUGAGCCGGUUCAGUUGAGGCGAUAAUUCCUGAAAUCAUUCGUUUGUAUUUCAUUAUAGUGUACUUUUGUCCAAGCAAUUGUUAUUUCGUCUAAACUCUGUUAAACGUUGAAUACAAAUGGCAAGACAUUCGAUAUGUCUCUGUGCUAAUUUUGAUGUUGAAGACGGAUGUACACCUGCGUUCAGGUCGUAUGGUAAUUGAAAAAUAACUUCAAGUAAGCAUGAGACAAGUAUGUAUACUGAACAUGAUUCAAUGUCCAUACUUAACAAUGUCGUUGAAAUACGGAUCCGUAAAUGAAUAAUGCCAACGCUUCAUACUUUGUAACAGUAUCAUUAUCCGCACGCAUUCAUUUGUUAAACUUUUGUCUACUUUAAUAAUCUUUGUACGUUUUUAUUGCAUGAGUAUCAUCUUGAACUCCUCAUGAUAAACAUGAACUUGAAAUAUGCACUUCUUUUUUCUUUCAUAUAAAUCUACCCGCGACAUUUUUCUGGAGACACAGCAUGAAAACAGUGUUGGGAAUAUUAUAAAAAACGAUUGAUAGAGCCUAAUUUUGUGAAAGCUGUUCCAGAAAUUCCAGAAAUUGAGUGUUAUAAACGUGCCUGAAGGCACGAUAUUGCAAACGCUUGAAAAACUAAAUUUUUCCAUUAUGCAUCGCAAUGAAAACACGUGUCUAAAACAAUUUUUGUAAAUUAUUUCAUCAACAUUUUAUAAUCUAGCUCAUCUGGCAGUGCAUUUAUAAGCAUACUAUAUCUUACAAAACACCUUACAUUUCAUCGAAUUGUUUUUGAAUACGCCGUCCUAUUAAAUUUGUUUUUGUGUAAGGAAGUCACGAAAACUCAUUUGUGUUUGUAUUUUGGCAUUAAAAGAGCGGCUUGUUUAUUAUAAUGAAAAAUAUCUGAUAUAUAACAGAUUAUUAAUAUAUUAUUUAUUAUGUAUAAACUCGUGAUUGAAUCAAAAUAUUUUUUAGCAAAGCGUUGAUUAUUGCGGUUAUAACCCCCGAUGCUUGUUAUCACGCAAUAACCCAAACUUAGCUGGACAUUAUUUCUUAAAUAUAUAAGUUCUUCUUUUUAAAACAUUUAUGAAGACUGCUUUAUAGCUGGUAUGUACGAUCUUUCAGACAAAAAAGAUUAAAAACUGGUAAAUAAUACACUAGCGCACAAGUUUAGAAUAAAAAAAUACUAAAAGAUCAGUGACAUUAUAGUGAAUUUGUUCAGCGAUAGCUCUAACUUGGUCGUAAUGACGUUUAUUAACGUUUUAUUCAAGUGAAACCAUUUGAUAAAUGGUACAAUUAACAGAUUAGUAAUGCAUUUUUAUUGAGCGUAUGUCUUUUACAUGCAUGUGUUGAGAAAAUACAAUAUUGGCAUUUAAUACGUAAGGACCCGCUAUAACAAAGUAAAUUUAAUUUGCAAUUUCCGAAUAGCUACUGAGGAAUUCUUGUGGAAAUAAAAACGAUAUAUAAUUGUAAUACAUAUGCUCUGCGCAAAGUUCUUAUUGCACGUUUGGUUAGUCAGUUCGUAUUGUCAUCCUACGGGUUAUUAAUCGUGUUUGCUUUCUACUGGUAUGCUCCAGACUGUAAUACACCACGUGUAGGACAUUGUGGGAUAUGUUCCGUCAGACAAAUAUGUUCUGAUUAAUUUCAUGUUGAUGCUGUUUUAAAACACGCUUCUCAGCGAUGACAUCCUAAUGUGCUCAAUGCUUAAUGUUUAUUGCACAUGCGUUUUAGUUGUUUUUUAAUGUAUGUAAAUAUUGUGCUUACAUUUUAUCUUAACAGUUUUCUUUUUCUUGUUGAUGUCAUCAUUUCAUUUGUGUUUGAUACAUGUACAUUUUUUUUAAAGUUUUUCAACCUUGAUAAUGUUUUGAUUUGAUAGGUAAAAGAAUGUUAAACAAACACAUGUAAUUUUGCCAAUACUAUUGCAUAGUAACACCUUGUGACUAACCCGCGAUUUUUUUCAUAAAAAUUGCAGACAAUGUGUUUAAUUAGUUAAUGUAAUUAAAACAUAGUCCAUAUACAAGCAAUGUAUUGUUAAAUAACGUUAUGUAAAAAGUCAUAAAAGUAUUUUCUAAAUGGUUGAUAUUUUCAUGAAUAAUUAUGCAUUCUUAAUAGUAUAUUCUUUGAUAUUCUUCCAGAUUAUAAAUAGAAGAAUAGUGUAUCCAUUAUUAUAUAUGUUCUGUAUGUAAUUAUAUGUACAUAAUUUAAUUAUCUCUUCUUAUAUCGUUUGGUCUAGUUAUUCGGUAGAUGUGCCCUGGUUAAAUAUAAAAAAAAACAAAUUGUUGACUUUGACAUCUUUUCAUCAUUUUAAUUUAGUUGGUGCAACGUGUGGUGUUACUUAAUUAAAUGCAGAGAUAAUCAAUUAGUAUUGAAUUUUAAAACCAAUUUAAAUGAGCUAUAGUUCACGUCGAGUUUUUAGAUUAGCCUGUGAGUUGUCCAUAAACAAUCCUUGUUGCUGUUGGCAAUAGAGUUAAACAUGAAGACAUGUAAUACAUAUUUUGGACGUUUAUUUCUUCAGAUAUAUCCAUUAAGUCCUAUUUAAGCAUUCAUCAUUUAUUAACAUAAGCCAAUUAUAUCUUUUAAUUAUAUUUUUGUAUGUACCACGUAUGUCUAUUUUAAGCAUUUGUCCAAUUGUAUACAUUGUUACCUUGUCACCGAUUUUUCCAUUGAUAUGUUUUACAUGUAUUUAAUAAAUUUUAUCUACCAA